AUGCAGCGCUCUCUUCUGUUAAGUGUCCUUGCCUCCAUGGUGGUCCUUGCCGUUGCAUACCCCAUGUCAGGAGCGAUCACGGAACGUUCCUCCGAGGACGAUGCGAUCUUGUACCUCAUGUCACUUGAAGAACGUUCCUCUGAGGACGAUGCGAUCUUAUACCCCAUGUUACUUAAAGAACGUUCAUUAUUAAAUCAUGCAGCCGUAGCUAUGCGCUCCGAGGACGAUGCGAUCUUGUACCCCAUGUCACUUAAAGAACGUUCCUCCGAGGACGAUGCGAUCUUGUACCCCAUGUCACUUAAAGAACGUUCCUCCGAGGACGAUGCGAUCUUAUACCCCAUGAAACAAUGA